CACGUUGUGAUGAAAUGAGACGUAAACAACGUUGGUGAGUCCUGGAUGAAACGGACAAUAUUGCUACAAGACUAAGAUGGUCUAACUUACACCGAAAAUCUCAACAUGUAUGGUGACUCCAGAUAGGAAACGUGCCAGAUGUUGAUGAAAUUCGAUCCAGUGGUGUCACAUACUAAUUGACGAAGCGGCCUUUUUCCUCGCGUGCCACAUCAAAGAAACCAGAAAGAUGCUGGAGCAACUUGUGACUUUGCUGAACAUGACAGUCAUGGAUUGUCUCUCUCUGCCUCUGUGGACUCUCCUGCUAGGGAGCAUUGGUCUUGUAUGGCUGCUCUUUCAACGCAGGAGACCAUUAAAUGCGAAGAAACUCUACAAGAGCCCAGUCCAGUCUUCUGAAUCUGAAAAUAAUUUGAGGAGCAAAAACAUUGAUGACAAAAUUCUGUAUGCAGGAGUCAAGCAAAUGACGAUCAGAGUGUUGUAUGGAACUCAAACUGGAACUGCUGAGAAAUUAGCAAAAUUGUUGCACAGAAACAUCACAGAAAAGUUUGCAAAUCUGGAUGUCGCAGAGGUUAAAAAUGUGAAGAAUUUUGACCCUGAAGAUCAGCUGGCAGAAGAGGCAAGCCAGGGUAACAUUUUUGUGCUGAUUAUCUCCACUUACAUCGAUGGCCAGCCACCAGAUGGUGCUGCCUGGUUCUGUAAAUGGCUGAAAGAAGCAUCAUCAGACUUCAGAGUUCAGAAAACUUUAUUGAAGGGUUUGAAAUUUGCUGUCUUUGGCUUGGGAAAUUCUCUGUACGAAGGGAAUUUUAAUGCGGCUGGGAGAAACGUAGACGAGUGGCUGAGUUCACUGUCAGCAUCUAGAGUUACCCCCCUUGGGGUAGGAGAUGAAAACGUAACAAAAAGUCAGCAUGGAGGUAUAGAGGCUGACUUCGUUGCCUGGAAGCAAAAACUUUUAUCACAAAUAUCUCACUUGAUACAAAAUGGUGAAAAAGAAGAAUCUGCGAUAGAGAAGGCGUGCUGUGGCGGAGAGCAUUCAGACUGUCAGUGUGAACAACAGGAGAAAGAGGAGGUCAUGACCUCUGAGGAUGAGGACAUGGAGGAUGCAGAUCUGACCUCACAGGGAGAAGGACUGGUUGACCUUGAGGAUCUUGGAGGAGUCCUCAAAUCUAUGAAAUCCAACAAGUCACAAGCUGAGAAAUCUGAAAAGCCAAGGGAGAUGAUAACGCCCAUUCUGCGACAGUCGCUUGAGAAACAAGGUUAUCGUCUGAUUGGCUCUCACUCUGGAGUGAAGUUAUGUCGCUGGACAAAGUCGAUGUUACGUGGCCGAGGAGGCUGUUACAAACACACGUUUUACGGGAUUGAGUCUCACCGCUGCAUGGAGACCACGCCCAGUCUGGCCUGUGCUAACAAGUGUGUCUUCUGCUGGAGACAUCACACAAAUCCCGUGGGAACAGAGUGGAAGUGGAAGAUGGACGAACCAGAAAUCGUGUUCCAAGGGGCGUUGAGCAACCAUGUCAAGAUGAUCAAACAGUUCAGAGGUGUUCCUGGUGUGAAACCUGAACGUUUUGCAGAGGGUCUGGAGCCCAAACAUUGCGCCCUCUCUCUGGUCGGCGAGCCCAUCAUGUACCCAGAGAUAAACCGCUUUGUGGACAUGCUUCAUGACAAGGGCAUCUCUACUUUCCUGGUCACCAAUGCUCAGUUCCCAGAGUCUAUCAGAAAUCUCUCUCCAGUGACUCAGCUGUACGUCAGCGUUGACGCCAGCACCAAAGAGAGUCUCAAGAAGAUUGACCGACCUCUAUUCAAAGACUUCUGGGAUAGGUUCAUAGAUAGUCUGAAGGCCCUUUCAGACAAAGGGCAGAGAACUGUGUACAGACUUACUCUGGUGAAGGCAUUUAACACAGAGGAAUUGGAGGGCUAUGCCAAGCUUGUGACCUUGGGAAACCCAGACUUCAUUGAGGUUAAGGGAGUGACAUACUGUGGAGAGUCCAAGGCCUCUACUCUCACCAUGAAGAACGUGCCCUGGCACGAGGAUGUGGUUACCUUUGUCCAGCAGCUGGCAGCCAUGUUACCUGGUUACGAGAUCGCGUCUGAACAUGAACACUCCAACUGUAUACUGCUGGCGAAUACAAAGUUUAAGGUCAAUGGCGAAUGGAGAACCUGGAUUGACUACCCAAAGUUUCACGAACUUCUGCAAGAGUACAAAAAUAGUGACGGUCAGAGGACGUUCUCUGCAGAGGACUACACGGCACCCACCCCCGACUGGGCAGUGUUUGGAGCAUCCGAGCAGGGAUUUGACCCUGCAGAGACCCGAUUCUACAGGAACAAACAGAAAGGGACGAGCGGAUCAUAGCUAACCUGAUCAUGAUAUACUGUGAAUACUAUAAAUAGGUAAAAAGUUGAAUGUUCUGAUGUGGAGAACAAGUAUAAGAAAUAAAACAAGGAAAUCUUUUCAUAUUUCUGCAUCAUUGUAUUCCAACUGCAGCUGCAAGCUUUUGGUCUCAUCAGGAAUAAUGUUGACCCAGGAACCUCUCACCAGUGCUGUCGCUGUGAGUUCCCAGUUCAGCUCAUGCUGGCUUCCUC